AUGAACGACAUUGAUAUGAAGAGGAUAGUUACGGAUAAGAAUUUGUUAUGUACGGGCUUAGUGGCUACGUUGGUUGUUGGAGAAUUUGGUAUCUCUAUCUGUCCUUUCUUGUUGUCUUUGGUUGCAGCUAAAAAGAUGAAUUCGAUCUAUCCAGGCUCCGUUAUUGCGUUCAUAGCAGUUGUAUUGAUUCAUAUUCAACCUCUCUUCGAAUUCCAAACACAUCUCAAGACGACUGUAAUCGUGAUGAAUUCACUCUCAGUUGUUACCAACAUCGCCAUCGCCCUCAUGUUCUCACUCUAUUUCCAAAGAUUUAAGAACGGAUUCAAAAGAACUACCACUAUACUCAACAAACUGGUCAGCAUCAAUGGGUCUAUAUCUGCGUCAUCGUCAUCGAAAUUUACACAGAACACUGAUGUAUUAGAUUUUACUCGCUGUGAACACUGGCUUUCUUACGACUUCCUGUGCUAUAUCUUCCCUUGUCACCCUCCAGAAACUGUAGUAUAUGUCCCGUUCUUUUUUUGCAUCGGACGCGUUCAUACCAUAACAUUGCUGACUACGCUGAACGCCCGAGAAAUGAUUCGACAGUCUGAUGAUAAUAUGGAGACAAACCCCGCACGCAAAUCUCCCCUUGUCUUUCGACCAUCUGGUGUCUUGAAUUCUUCUGGACAGAAUACCGUAAAGGAGCAACGCAGGGAUGGUUCAAUCCGGACAAUCAACCAUGGAAACGACAUGCACCACCACACAUAUUGUCAUUCGUUCCAACCAGGAGACAAUGUGUAUGAGCUUCAGGACUUAUCCAGAACCAAUUUUCAUUCAACGCUUACCAAUUCUACCUCCGCUGUGAAUAUGCCUGUCUUCCCCCGCAACGUACAUUUGGACAACGUUGUCUGA